CUGCACCCAAAUUACGACCUCGCGAGCCUAGCAUUUUCCUCUGCAUUGCUCCGUUUAGAACAGGCUGUUCUCUCGUACUUAGCCCUCGCCUUUCUCACUCUCUUCGUUUCACUUGCUCCAACAUGGCAAACAAACCAAGGGGAUACGGCUUCAGUGCAGAAGCAGCUAAAAAGAUCGAUUCAAAGUAUGACCCCACGAAAGAAGAAGAGGCGCGUAAGUGGAUCGACACGGUCCUGGGGGAGUCGAUAUUUGGCGAGAAUGGCGGUGUAGACACGGUGCAUCAGACGCUCAAAGACGGCCAGGUCCUGUGCAGGCUAGCUAACCGUUUGGGCGGUAAUUUGAAGAUUAAUCAGCAGAAGAUGCCCUUUAAACAGAUGGAAAAUAUUGGCAACUUUCUGUCAUUCAUUGAGAAUAAGUUAGGCGUGGCUAAAAAUGACCUGUUCCAGACGGUAGAUCUCUACGAGAAGUCUAAUAUGUGGAACGUCAUUUGCUGUAUUCAUGCUGUUGGACGAAGGGCUGUGGCCAAAGGCCUGAACGUGCCUCUCUUGGGCCCUAAGGAGGCGGAAGCAAACCCGCGUGACUUCACAGAGGAGCAGCUCAAGGGAGGGGCGGGGAUACAUUUCGCGUAGGACCCCUGACGAUAUUUGCAUAGGUCACGUGACGAUAUUUGCAUAGGUCACGUGACGAUAUUUGCAUAGGUCACGUGACGAUAUUUGCAUAGGUCACGUGACGAUAUUUGCAUAGGUCACGUGACGAUAUUUGCAUAGGUCACGUGACGAUAUUUGCAUAGGUCACGUGACGAUACUUGCAUGUAGUUGAUUUUAUGGUAGAUUUGUUUCUCGCUAAACCCCAAUGUUUCGUUUUUUGAAGUUAGUCAAAGGCGUCUAAUAAAAACCGGCAUGAUAACACAGUCCCGAUCAGAUACAUGACUGUAUAGAUUACUUGGAAAAAGUGGUAUUGGCAAAAAACGUUUUACAACAAAUUUAGACAGAACUCACACGAUCAAACUAAAGACUUUGCAAAUCACUUAUUAGAGACCUUACGCAAGGACGACAGCGACGGUCUCGAGAAAAGGUCAUUCCAAAACGAUCGUUGACGUUCGUGACGGCGCGCGUAGAAAUUGAAAAUAGGAACAUGCCGUUAUAAGGGGCGUCCACACUAACACGGAUUCGUUGGGAUCUGUAUACUUUUUGAUACCAGGCCUUCCGUCCACACUAACACGCGCGCUGGAUCCAGCAAAUCCGGAAAGUGAAUCAAAAUGAAUCCGUGUACUUUGGUCCAUAGUGAUGACGACCCCGCCGUUUUUUAGCAAUUCGCGAGCGCGCGCGCCGUACUUGAUGCCGUCGCCCUAAUCCUUGCGUAAGGCCCCUACCUCCAAGACGCUAGUAUAUCAUCGUGUAGGAAGAAGUUUAUUAAAAAAACGGAGCAUGUGAA